CCACCAUGGUGGUUAUUGUUGGGAAGGAGAGGAGUGUCCGCGCGCGGGAGGCGCAUUCAAGCAUGGAUGAAAAUUGUCCACUAGAUGUGCUACUAAGUUCCCCUCAGCAGCAGCAGCAAGGACCCUUGGUAAAAGAAUACUCACAAGUUACUACACCAGUGUUGGGUCUCCGCUCGCCUUUAAAGGAUAUAGCAAACCAUCCCUCGGAGGCUCGAACAGUCAAAAGAGAAAAGAUACGGGCAGUGUACCCCAGACACGAGUUUGACAGUCAGUUGGAUCAGGAUGAAAGAAGUUGGCGUGAUCGUACAGAGGUCAUCACUAGACUUGAUCACGAUGCAUAUCAGAUGUUUGCACAAGAAGUAAUUAGUGAUGCUGUAAGCAAAGUUGAAGAGUCUAUCAAAAUCAAAUUGCCAGUCAAAAAGCCUAUUCAUCGAGGUGUCGCAAAAUUCCGUGAGAUUGCAACUGCAAGCUUGGCGGACUCAGAAUCUGAAUACGAGAGUGCAGAGGAACUGGAUGAGUUUGAUGGGCCUUCAGCGCAGAAGAUUCUCUCUCCUGUCUUGCCGGUGGCUAAUUCAACGCUACUUAAUAUUGUGUCGUCAGCUAAUAGUACACCAAAUAGGUCAGAUACUGUAUUUGAAAAUUCAUUCAUACACAGCUUUGAAAAAAUGAAAAUUAUUGAAAACGAUGAGCCAGUUGCAGAAGAAAAGUUCCACGAUGCCAGUGAUUCAUUUGUUGAGGAUGUGGCAUUAUCACCACCCGGUAACAGUGUUCCUGAAGCAGUAGACGUGGAGCAUCAGCUUGCCACAUCACUUAAAAAGGGGUUAGAAAAUAUUUUAGACCAUAACGAGUUGUGUACAACCAAUGAAGUGAAAAGCCUAAGCAGUAGCUCAACAAAGGAAAAAUUGACAGCAGCUCCACAUUUCUUCCCUGAAAAUGCCGAGGAUGAAUCUCCUACUUGUCAACAGCAAUUAUUGGUGGAGGAAGUUUUAAGGGAUGUUGCUGUUCCCGAGGUGGUAGAGGAGGAGGUCGCCGCCGCCGCUCCCAAGGUGGUGGAGGAGGCCGCCGCUGCUCCCGAGGUGGUGGCGGAGGCCGUUGCCAUUCUCGAGGUGGUAGAGGAGGCCGCUCCCGAGGUGGUGGCAGAGGCUGCCGCCGCUGCUCCCAAGGUGGUGGAGGAGACCACCGCCGCUACCCCCGAGGUGGUGGCAGAGGCCGCCGCUGCUGCUCCCGAGGUGGUGGAGGAGACCGCCGCCGCUGCUCCCGAGGUGGUGGAGGAGACCACCGCCGCUGCUCCCGAGGUGGUGGCAGAGGCUGCCGCCGCUGCUCCCAAGGUGGUGGAGGAGACUGCCGCCGCUGCUCCCGAGGUGGUGGAGGAGACCGCCGCCGCUGCUCCCAAGGUGGUGGAGGAGGAGGCCGCUGCCGCCGCUGCUCCCAAGGUGGUGGAGGAGACCGCCGCCGCUGCUCCCGAGGUGGUGGAGGAGACCGCCGCCGCUGCUCCCGAGGUGGUGGAGGCCGCUGCCGCUGCUGCUCCCGAGGUGGUGGCCGCCGCCGCUGCUGCUCCCGAGGUGGUGGAGGAGGAGGCCGCCGCCGCUGCUGCUCCCAAGGUGGUGGUGGUGGAGGAGGAGGAGGCCGCCCCCGAGGUGGUGGUGGAGGAGGAGGAGGCCGCCGCCGCCCCCGAGGUGGUGGUGGAGGAGGAGGAGGCCGCCGCCACCACCGAGGUGGUAGAGGAGGAGGAGGAGGAGGCCGCCGCCCCCGAGGUGGUGAAGGCCGCCGUAGUUACUAAAGAUUCAAGAUAUAGUUCAGAGACAGAAGUAAAGGCCUAUGUUCCUGACUUGAAAGUAGGUGCUCCAGAUCUGAAGCCACCCGUGCAAGGUGUUGAUAAAUCUGUUGUAGAGUUGAUGGAAGAAUCUGUUCCAAAAUGUAUUGAUGAAAGCAAACCUCUAUUAAAAGGCUGUGAAAUUGAUUUCUUAAACAUGAGUAAUUCUGAUUUAUGUAACAUUAAGUCUUUAGACAACUUGAGCAAUGAGAAAGAAAGUACCUGUAGUUCACAAGUUGAUGCCAAGGAAGAUAUUCCCCUUAAGAUACCCAUCAUGUUAAAUCCAGAAUGCAGAGGCAUAUCUGAUGAAUUGUCAGAGAAAAUGAAAGUUGGCAAUGUUGAUCUGCCUCUUCGAGGAAACUCUCAGACAGAUUUCCUCGAUAUGGAUGUUAAUUUUGAUCCUUUUAAAUCCAGAUCAAUUGUCACUAAUUCUCCAGAUAAAUUGCUCAUGAAUGAAAGGGAGAUGGCUAAGCCUCUGCAAUAUGUAGGGGAUGGUAUCCAUUCCCAGGAAAUAAAAUACUUUGAUAAUUUGUCCACAGAGAAUGACAUAAUAAAAACUAAUGAUAAUGAACAAGCAGUGUGUGCGCGCACUGCAGCUGAGGAACUAAUUAACAAGGCUGUUGCAAAAAGAGAUAGUUUGCCUGAAAAUGAAUUUGAGGAAGCAGUGAAAAAUGAAACUUUCCAUCAAAGUUUCCAGGGAGAUUUCUCAAAUAUGACUAAUGAUGAUUUUGCUACCAAAUCUACUAUUGCAAAUUCUGAACUUCAAAGAAAUGAAAUUAAUGUGACGAAGACUGAAGUGCAGCGUGAGAGUGUGGGAACAGGAGUUGCACCAGGGAACUUUGAGUUGUCACCAGCACCAUCAGAGGUGGUCUCAACAGAGCUGGAAGAUUUAAGACAAAAUCAAAUGGAUAUGGACUUCCUUGAUAAGUUAGGAGAAUCAAAUUUUGAUCCCUUUGCAACCAGGGCUGCUGUUGCAAACUCACCUGAUGUAAUGAACAGUACUGUUGUGAUUAGAAAGGAAAUGCCUUCCAAGAAAUUAGUCACAUUGCUUACACCUGAGAAUGUUGGAACUUUACCACUGACAUCAGAAAGUGUUGAGCCUCUAGACAAUAGUCCCAAUAAAAAGUACCAGUUGAAUAUCCUAGAUAAACUAGAUGACCCUAAUUUUGAUCCCUUUGCAACCAAAGCUGCUGUUGCAAAUUCCCCUGUUAAACAGGCUCAAGCCCUCUUCACCGAGAAGGAAAAGCCGAAUCAAAACCAAGAAGACAUUUCCGAGAGAAAAGUGACUUCACUCGAGCUAUCUGGAGAUAUAAUCACAGGCCUAGAGAAAGAAUGUCCUUUUGAAAAUGACAAUAAUUUAAGGUCUCUUACAAAAUUAGAUGACCCUAAUUUGAAUUUCAGCACUAAUUGUCAUAAAUUGAACAGCACAGUUGUAUUUGAGAAUGAGAGAGAUGAAGCAUCACUAGAAAGCUUAACAGAACAAAAUGGUAAAACUCUUCAAUUUGACCAAGGAUGUAAUGAGGAUAUUGUGAAAAAGUUUGGCAAUUCUAGUAUUAAUGUUAUGGCUCCUAAAGCGGCAGUUUUAAACUCUCCUGAUAAAGACGAUAAUACAGUUAAGAAUGUAACAGACAUGCCCAGUAAGAAAGAAAAUACCAGGGUUACUUUUGAGGACUCUGUAGCAUCGUUAGAAAAAGGAAUUGCCAUGUCUCUUGAAAACAGAUUUCUACCACAAAAUGAGACUCUAGAAGAAUUCAUUAGUAAAUCUAGCAAUUCUAAUUUGAACCCUUUUACAACUAAUUCUCGUGUUCAAAAUUCUCCUACCAAAAAGGAUAGUUUUCCCAAUUCAAAGCAUACAACGGAGGAAAUAAGAAGCGAGCUGCCGUCAGAGGCAGUGCAUAACAAAUCUGAAGAAUCUAACAAAAUUGCAAUGAGUAGUGUCUUUCAGGAAAAUAGCAGAAUGGAGUGCCUGAAAAAGCAAGAGGCUCAAGAAUUUAAUUCAUCAGCAACAGAAAAAGUUAUUCCUUCUAUUAAGAAAUCCUUUGGUAUGAGAGAAGCGGUGAUUCAUUCGGAGACUAUUUUGGCUUUGGAAAAACAAAAGAAAGUGUCUUCAGAAACUCUAGCCAAUGGUCGUGGAGGGCAAGGGAAACAAACGAGUGCGGAUUCAUUAAAUGAGCGUGAUGUCUUCAGUCCACUGCAUAGAGGUAGAGCAAGAAAACCAGAAAAUGUAGAAGAGUUUAACUUUGAAGAAUUUACUAGUGCUGCUGAAUUGCCGAGUGAUGAGCAGGAGUAUAUUGAAGAAGAGGUCUUUGGAUCUCCACUGUGUUAUCCGCUCUUUAAUAACCCUGAGGAUCUAGACGUGUUGGGUUCUCAUGGGACUGAGGGAGACAAGUUAAAUCUUGUUCGCAAUUCACUGUACGUUAAAUUUGACCCUUUAGUGUCAGGUCGACAGUCUCUGGCUCCAUUCCUUGCACAGCACCUGAAAGAGUCUAACAAUGAAGUUUUGGACCCACGGAGGUGCAGUGGUCUCAUUUCCUUUAGCCCCUCACCAAAAAAGCAGCAGAGAUGCACAGAUCACACAGGAACCCCUGUGAAGGCACUAUUUGUCAGUGUAGGAGACGAAACUCUUGCAUUAGAUGCUACAAGCCUUGAAAACACCGUCGUUAAUGAUGGCAGCAACACCACUGUUGUAUCUUCCAAUCAAACUCUUAAUAAUACUACCAUCAGUACUACCAUUACUGAUGCCAAUGAAACUGUGCUUCAUGUACCAGUGAUUAACACACAAAGGAUGUAUACUGAGCGUGAAUUGAAAGACAAACUGAAGAACAUGGAGCUAAUUAUGCAGGACACUAUGCUAAGGAAGAGCCGUGAAUUUGAGGACGUUCAGAAACGAUUAAAUCGCGAGUUGAUGGAACAGGAUAUUGCAAUGUCUGGGCUUGAAGAAGAAAAUUUUUCACUCAGGUCGAGUAUUAAGCAGAUGCAAGAUGUAAUGGCCAAAAUAUUGCAGCAUGAGGCCACGAAGGAAAAAGAGCACAAGAAUCAGCUACUUCUAUUGGAAAAUCAGUAUGAACUGAAACUAACCGCUCUCCAGAAAGAAUGUGAGCAGUGUAAAGACGAGAUGAAAAAAGCAGAAGUUCCAUUAUUUGAUAUGGUCAAGAAAUUUGAGAGAUUACGUGAGGUGUCGGAAAGAUUAUGGAAAAAUGAGGAAAUUUUGAAGUCCAAAAAUGAGAGCUUGGAAACUAAGUUGGCACAGAAGGAAGAAACAUUCAAGAAAAUAAUUAAAGUGGUGGAAGAAAAAUAUGAUAAGGCCCAGGAAGAGUAUACAUCAACGAAGCACACUCAUGAACAGGAAAUAAAGAAAGCAUCGUUGAUGUUGAGGAAAGCGGAACUGAAGAUCCUCACACUCACGGAGACGGUGGAGAAAACCACCACUGAAAACCAAAGACUGAAGGAUCUGAUUGAGGAUAUCACCAAGAGUUUGGAUGGAAAUUAACUUGAAUACUUUCAUUUUUCUUAAACAUGUUCUUCAUUAUUACUUUUAUUAUUAAGUUUUCCACCUGCUGAAUAUAGGUAAUUUUACACAUUUGUUUUUAUUUAAUAUUUGAUAUUUGUUAAUAUUGACCAUUUUAUUCGCAUCUUUUCUAUUUUCCUCCAAAUCCAAUAUGUAUGGAGUUUUUAUUCAGCAGUAUAUUUUAAUAUUUCUUACUUUGUCUAUCACCUUACUUUGUAUUGUGAAACAUCCUACUUAUGAAGUGUUUUAAGUCUGCCUAAAAAUGGCUUGAGCAGAUAUUGCUUAUUUACAAAACUGGGUCAGUUAUGUGCAGCUUAGUGGAGUAAUGUUAUUUUAGCUAAUCUGUUUGUGGAACAUGCCUGGGUAAUCUAAUAAACCAACUGACUAGGAAACUACUAAUGCAAGCCAUAUAUGGAUGAAGUAAAAAGGCUGCCUUU